GUUGCUAGUGUGAUACGGCUAUAACGUCUACACAUUUUCCAAUUAUUUCCUAUCGUCUGCGAUUGAAUUUAUUAUUGAGCUUGCUCUAUUGUUAUUUAUCAAGUAUUGCUUUAAAAAUAAUUAAAAUAUUAUAAUAAGUUUAAUUAAAUUCAAUACAAUAUACUGUAAUUAUACAUAUAAUAUAAAAAUAUUGUCGAUAAAAAACGUGAUAAAAGAUAAUUAAGAACAAGCUAAAAUUUAAAACAGUAAAUUGUUGGUGCCUUAAAAUGACUGAGUGUAAUUUUCCACAAUUGAAAAAUGAUCGAAUACUUAGAGCAGCACGGGGAGAGCCGGUUGAUAGGGUACCAGUUUGGGUCAUGAGGCAAGCUGGAAGAUACCUCCCGGAAUUUCAGGAAAUUAGAGCCAAAAAUGAUUUUUUCACUGUUUGCCAAACUCCAGUAUUAGCAUGUCAGGUGACUUUGCAGCCAAUAGAGCGUUUUGAUCUGGAUGCUAGUAUUAUCUUCUCAGAUAUCCUGGUAAUCCCUCAAGCAAUGGGCUUGAAGGUUGAGAUGGUAGCAGGUGUAGGUCCAGUCUUGCCUCAGCCUUUAGCCAAUCCAAGUGAUUUAGCAAGACUUGUGCGACCAAAUGUAGAAGAAGCUUUAAAAUAUGUUGGAGAUGCUAUAACAUUGACUAGACAUAAACUGAAUGGAAGAGUACCAUUAAUAGGAUUCAGUGGAGCACCUUGGACUCUGAUGGGUUAUAUGAUUCAAGGAGGUGGUAGUUCUACAAUGGCAAAGGCAAGAUCAUGGUUGUACAAGUAUCCAGAAGAAUCUCAUAAAUUACUGCAGAUGGUUACAGAUAUAAUUGUAGAUUAUUUAGUAAUGCAAGUGAAGGCUGGUGCUCAGUUACUUCAAGUAUUUGAAAGUAAUGGAGAUUACCUGGAUGAUGCUUUGUUUAUAAAUUAUUCUUUUAAAUAUCUCAAGCAAAUUAGUAAAUGUGUACGAGAGCAGUUAAGAGCAGCAAAUAUUCCAGAAGUACCUAUGAUUGCUUUCCCAAAAGGUGCGACCAUGAAGUCUUUAGAAAUGCUUGCAAAGGAUCAAAGUUAUGAAGUUAUAGGUUUAGAUUGGACCGUGGAUCCUGCAGAAGCCAGAGAACGUCUUGGACCUAAUGUCACGUUACAGGGUAAUAUGGAUCCUUGUGCAAUGUACUCCACACAGGAUGAAGUUGUUGAUCGUGCGCAAAAAAUGGUGACGAACUUCAGUAAAAAUCGAUAUAUUGCCAAUUUGGGACAUGGUAUCUUGCCAGACACUCCCAUUCCAUCCAUGGAAGCUUUUAUUAAAGGUGUGCAUUCUGUGUAAGCAUAUAUUUUAAUCAUAAAUAUGCACACAUUAUAAAUUGUUUUACAUUUUUGUUAACAUUUAUUGGGAUUUUAUAAUAUUUCCAAUGUUAAAAGUAUCUUUUGGAUAUUAUUUUUUAAUAAAGGGAAAUCUUGACUUGUUCGUUCCAUUACAUGUUUCAAAUAAUCAUGAAGGAUUUGUUCAUUUUGGAAUUCUUCACUCAAUGCUGCUUCAUUUUUAAACAGCAUUUUGUAUCGGCCGUUUUUAAUAUCUUGGAACAUUUUAACUUUUCGUUGUUUAAAGACCAGUGAUUGUAAAUUCUGUGGGAAACCAAAAGUUUUACGGUAAAUAAUAAUUCUAUAUUAUGUGAAAUACUGAGGAAAUUAAUAAUAAUUUUAUGUAACAUACA